AUGUCGUCGAAGAUAGUUCGGCUGCCGAUGCACGGGAUGUUUCCGUUCCGGCACGCCCCGGCUGUAGUGGAAGAGGACGAAGAGGAGGAACCGGAGAUGCAGAACGAGAAUGCGAGACCUCGGCAGGUGCUCCGCAGACCGGACAGAAAGCGUGAUAGUCAGAAGAUCGCGGCGACCAUCAAGUGGAAGGAGGCCAAGGACAGAUUGGAGUUGGGCGAGCCGUUCCUGCACCGUCGUCUUCAGCUGAACAAGGCGAUGCGAGCUUCGGAGAUGCUUGAGAGAGAUUCGGUGAUCCUGGCUGCCGACGCGGAAUCAUCCACAACUGGCCAGCAACUGAAUGCCUUGCAAGCGAAGAUUGCAGUGGUCCAGUCCCUACAAUCCACUCUCUUCGACACCUAUGACCAGCCGAAUCCUCCUGCCUCUGCGCUGGCCACUUUCGAGCAGCUCAUUCCAAGGGAA